AUGUGGCUAUUGGCAAAUCUAGCUUCUGCCGAUCUCUGCUUCACAAUCUUAACCAUAUUCAACAGUAUCGCAUUUCUGUGGCAAUGGGUUGGUGGUAACAUCACUUGCAAACUACAAGGAUUCUUAAUUGAAGCAAGUUACACAAGUACAAUCAUCACGCUUUUGACUAUAAGCUACGAAAGACUGAAGGUUACUUCGAAUCCAAUCAACGCUCUAGUAAAAAGAUGGCCAGAGAAACAGUACUUUAAACUUAUCAUAAUUUGGGGUUGCAGCCUACUCGUUUGUUUACCUUUGUUGUUCAUUUACCGGGUGGAAACGCAACAAAAUAGUGUUAUGUGCCUUGCUAGAAAGAGGACGAAUUUUUUCCCACAAAUCUUCUACAGUGUGCAUACAACAAUUUUCUUUGUAGCUCCACUGGUGUAUAUGAUUUACACACAAAGCUGCAUUUUUCGAACCCUACGAGUAGCGUCCAUUCCAACCACGGCCUUCAUUACGCACUCAAAGCAAAGGCAGCGGAAGAUUGCAAAGACACUUUCCGCGCUAACGAUAGCGUUUUUACUCUGCUGGUCUCCGUUUAUGGUUAUUCGAACACUUAUAUACUUUAGCUUAGCGUCGCCUGACUUUGCAUGGAAAAUGUCUCAGCUUUUAAUUUUCCUCAAUUCUGGAUUAGAUCCUUUACUUUACGGCUAUUAUGGAGGACAUCUGACGUCUUGCUUGCGGCCGAGACUUACAUGCUCGUGUCAGUAGCUACUGUGCUUGUGUAGAAGCCGCGCAAUUAUCGACACAUUGUCACGAAAUUUAACUCCCUGGUUCAAUUUACCAUAAACUACCACCCUCCCAAUUAAGAAUGGAGCUAGGGAAACUAUCAAGUAAGACCAAAUGAUUUUAUCGACAAACCAGCUAUUGCCUUUAAUUCAUCUCAUAGUAAAAAGUAUUUGUAAUGGUCUGGAAAGGGCAAUCAUCAAACUAACAGAAUCAAGAGAAUAUAAACUGAGCUCAGUUUAAAAUCUCUUGUUUAUAAUAUACUAACAGAAUACAUGUACAUUUACUUUUAUUACUCAUUAAAUUGUCGUGCUCAUUUUGUUAUUUUAGUUGUUUAAUAUUCUUAAUGAAGACUUCAUUCAAUUUUUCGAUUCAGGCUGGUGUAAAAUGUUUGCGCGAUAAAAUGUUCUCAUACUGUAAUUUUGAUUAUUGAUUUUAUAGAUAUUAAAGAUGCUAAACUUAACUGGGAUCACUAGUUAUUUAUUGGUCAAAGCAACUACGAAUAAAAGAUGAAAAUGUAUUUUAGUUCAAUAGACAAAGAUGAGCCGAUGCAAAGGGAGACAAAGACAGAUAUGAAUUAUCCACCAAAGAGAGUAAUAGGAAUCAUCCCGUCAUAGACAUAAGCUGAUCACCGCGCUCAGUUGUGGUACUCUAUUAAAACGACUUCCCAAAAACUGUGUUUGUUUGUGUUCGUAUGCAUAAGCUGGCAAUUUGAGAUAGUUUCUGGUUGGAGGCACAUGAUCUUCUCUCCCACACCUGAGUUCGAGAUCAGGCAGGCGUCUGCGUCGUUACCGAAAGUGCCCAGUGAGAUCAUCUAUCUAGUUUGAACCCGUCGAAAACGAUGUCUAUUGAGUUUCUCCAAGUUCGCCUAUUCAUCCAUAUGUUUCUUCCUCGUGAAUGCUGCAGGCUCGCCACCUACCCGGUGUUUUGAGGUAUUUGUUUAACACACUGGAUUCACAACAAAGUCCACCAGGUCACGUUUUAAGAACUUCUCUGAAUCAGAGCCUAGGCUGCACUACAGAUAUUGUUCCUUCUUUAAAAACGCUUUGAAGUAUAGACCGCACCAAGUAACUAAUAAAAAUAAACACCUCAAGUUAGUCAUAUUUCAGUAGAGAUGGGAAUAAACUGCCGUAGAACAAUGAUAGAGUCUUUGUUACAUGUUUAGUCCAUGCUAAGUGAUUUUUUUGGGAAAAAAUUCUUAAUAAUUUAGAACCGAAAUAUCAUACGCGCUAUAAGCCUAUUGUUUAUUUGAGAGAUAACCCUUUGUUUUUUGUUUAAAAAAGAAUACGCUUCUCGUUAUUUGUUUACCAGACUGACAAGUCACUCGCAGAAUUAGUGUUUUUUUUUGUGACUCGCUAACUCUGUAAGUCACUCGCCCUCGCUUCGUAAUUUACAAAGUUUUCCUGUGUUUUCCCAAAACUCAAAGAGGCCAGUAAAAAAAAAAAAAAAACACGCUUUAAUUACAUUUUCAAUAAGGGAAAGUAAUACGUGUUAAGACCACUAAAUUUUUUUUUUUCGUUUUAACGAAGCAAUUACCUGCAGGUGGACAGCUUCCUCGUUACCUUGACACCGACCAAAAAUUAUUUUAAAACAAAACAAUUUAUCAUAAUUACAAUGUACAUUCAACCUAAAUAAUAACAUUUUAAGUUUUUUUAACUUGUUGUUCUUAAUGUUACAAGGUAAACGAAUGCUCUCAUGAUAUUCUCAAUCAGAGUAUAAAAGGUAAUCUUGGAACAAUCAAAACGAUAUGUUACUCAGAGAUGUAAAGCCACGAUAAUCUUGGUAACCUUUCACUUCUCCUCCUCAUUACUCCUUUUUUUCACUGUUUUUGUGUUAAAGACGAUCUUCACUUUUAUAAUAAGCCAUAAGACAGCAUAUUAAUUGGUAUGCUUGGUAAAGCCAAAGUUCAAGUGGCUACCAUAUCGAUAUUAACAAUAUUCAGUAUCCUCUUCUAAAUUGUGUCGAAAAAUGUUGAUAGCACCAACGACUAAAAUAUUGUUUUUCUAUGGCAUAAAUUUCAACGAAAUCUAAAUUUUUUUUAAUGCAGUGACCGAAAAAUGAAAAGAAAAACUUGGGUUAAUGAAUCUUUAUAUUCCAUCCAACGGUAAAUUAAUCUGUCCUUCAAUUCAACACUUGCAAUUUGUAGAGGUCAGUGUCCUGAAAAUAUUUUAAAGUUCGCAUUCUAAUUUUCAAAUGUGCAGUGCGAGUACUUUUGAGACAAUCGAAGGAGGCAGGAAUUAAAAAAAAAAUGAAAUGGAAAAAUAUCUCCAUUUUGUCGCUUCACAUCCGCGAUAUCGAUCACAUUUCUUUACGAAAGCUUGGAGCUUAAACCCAGAAAUGUUUUUCAGUGAUGAUUACAACUAGGUGUAGAGUCUGAACAAAUUGAUCUAAUCCGGCCAAAAUUGAAAACUACAAUCUACCAUUGAAGCAAAUGAAAUUUCUUUUCGAUUCACAUAUCGCUUUUUUAUUGCUUUCGAUAGAUUCACCAUCCAUAGUUUUCCGGGUUUGUUUAAAUUGGAAAAGCAAUGAUACAAUACGUAACAUCAUAGCGACGAAGGCUAUUGUUUUGACUCCGUUCUGAAAGUUUCCUUUUUAUUUUUGCGCCCUUCUAAGCGCAAUCCACCAGCAGAUGGCCUUUUCACAAUUCCCCGUAACCUUGAAAAUGAAGUUUUACUGUCAGUCGCUGGACAAUCUCAAGAACAGACAAGCUUUUUUUAAGAUUUAUCCCAAUAAAUGGUUGGCGCUUUAGCUCAACAGUUGCACGUAGGUGUGAAGCUGAAUAAACAUUUUAGCAUUUCAUUUCCUCUAUAAUCUACCCACAACUCAGUUUAUUUUCAGUUCUCUAGUGCACUUCUGUAUCUGCUUAUUUGAAUAUUUGAUCAAAAAACCGAAAUCUUAAAAUUUCAAAUUGUAAAGUGAAUUUGCGAGUUCUAAAGGCCCGCCCGAUCUUCAAAGAUAAAAUAAAAAAGAAAAAAUUCUAAUGAGCAUGCAAAUUUUAAGACAGUAUUUAAUUUGGAUUGUUACAGAAUUGUAAGGGCUGAGCAAACUGAGCAGAAAAAGUAUAAUUACUAAGGGAAACAGCUAGCCGUCAAAUGUUAAAUUUUAUAUUAAUCUGUGAAUGGGAAGAAAACAACUAGUGUGAAUAUAUACAUUUGUACUGUGCUGGGUUCUCUGAGCGACAUAACACUCGGACAUUUAUAUCUGCCAAGGCAGUCAGAACUUUGACUGAACUCGAUUGUGGUCGACAGGUCUUGUGUGAUUCUAGAAUAUUCUUCGUCAAGGCCUCUCUGCCUACUUAAACUAUGACGACAAGUGACGACUUUCCUAUAGCCAUUUUGGUGUCAUUCUCGGUAUUUUACAGUACGUGUUUCAUGCUAUCGACCAUUGGCAAUACUUGGGUGUUGUUACGCUGCUACAAGAAUUUGAAACAAAGAUACUAUCCAUUCAUGUUGCUGUUGACAAAUUUAGCAUCGGCAGAUCUUCUCUUUACUUUCCUAACGAUUUUUAAUGGUAUCGGAUUCUUGGAACAGUGGAUCGGUGGGAACAUUACCUGCAAACUCCAAGGAUUCUUGCUCGAGGCGAGCUACACAACUUCAGUAACUACACUUGUGGCCAUAAGCCACCAAAGACUUCGGGCUCUUGUCGACCCAUUCAGCGUUCGAAUCAGCAGUUGGAGCAAAAUUCAACGCAUAAAACUCAUUUUAAUGUGGACUUCUAGCUUGCUUGUAUGCUCUCCUUUGGUAUAUAUCUAUCGCGUUGAAACAAAUGAAAACAGCGACGUUGUUUGUGUUACGACGACAAGGGGAAAUAGAAUUCCGCAAAUUUUUUACAGCGUUCACACAACAAUAUUCUUUGUUAUACCGAUGUUGUAUAUGAUAAUUACACAGAGCCGCAUUUAUCGGUCUCUGCGAGUUGUGCCUAUAAUCAGAAACUCCUCGUGUUUUAUUUUGCAAUUGAAUAAACGCCACAGGAAGGCUGCCAAGACACUUGUUGCUCUUAGUACAGCGUUUGUGAUAUGUUGGUCCCCGUUCAUGGUCAUACGAACGCUGCUUCAAUUCCACUUGGCGUCCCCUGGUUUAGCUUGGAGGAUGUCUCAGCUUUUAAUCUUUUUCAAUGCUGGGUUAGAUCCUCUGUUGUAUGGUUAUUAUGGAGGAAAUAUGAAGUCUUCCUUGAGGAGAGUUCUAUGUCGCUAAUAGUAAUGAUGGCGCAUGUCAAUACCAUUUGAUAAAAAGGUCAAUUUUCAUCGACGGAUUCCCUUAAUUUUCCUUGUGGCAGGCAACUGAUAUGUUCCAGAGUUCCUGGCCAACAUGCCCUCGAGUCAUGACCAAAUAUUUCGGUCAGGUCGUACAUUGGAUAUAUUCCAGGAUGUUUUUAGCCAAUGUAAAGUUAGGAGCACCGAGAAGAACGACACCGGAACUGUCUGAUUAAAACUUUCAUUGGGAGGAGGAUUUUAAAUUGCAUCAAUUGGUAAAGAUUAAAUGAUUGUCUGGAGAAACUGUGACACCAUCGUAUAUUCCACCGUAGAUGUCAUUUAAGGAGCCUGUUCCAGACGGUAACUUACCACCUUAGAAGCGGGAGAAAUAGCAGGGGAGACAAAGGACGUUUGCGGUUGUCACUGAAAUGGCCCCUAUUUCCUCGUUUCCUCGAAGCAAGAACCAGGACGCAGCAACUGACAGUUUGAUCCACCUUUCUCGGAAAAAAGCUGGUGUAAAAUAAUUUGCACCCUUAGCCAGCAACCUGCAUCAGAGAUCACUUAAGUAAUGCAUUGAACAGUAGUCGAACAGUUUUUCAGACAUUAAAUCAUUAAUCCCUUGAAUGUUAAAGAUUAUAAAUUAUUCAUCCAUUGCCGUCUGUUAUAUUUUAAAUGUAAAUAUACCAAAGACCUCAACCUUUAUACAGGGCUUAUGUUUAUGUGUACAGAGUCUCAAAGAGGUAUUGGCUUUCACGGCUAACAAUUAAGAUUCUGUCCAAUAUGAGUUAAUAACUUUCCAUUGUCGUUACCAAAAAAAUUAUCCUGAAGUUUGUUUUAAGUUGCGGUGAUACGGCUAGAACAAAAGGCAAUAUAAGUCAUUAGCAUGCAUAAGAAGAGAAACAGCUACGACUUAGGUAGCAAACCGAAUUUAAAUUAGAGCACCUGAAAGUUUCAGUAACUGUCUCAAUUGUAGCUGUAGAAAUGAAACUUGAAAUUUGCCAUAAAACUAGCUAUUCGAUUCGGGUUGGAAGAGGCCGAUUCUAUAAGCAGUAGAGAGCAAAGCUCGCAUGUUGUUGACCAAUAAUUUUCUUUUGACGGUAAAAUCCAAAGUGAAUCAACCCUCCUAAAAUAUAAUAUUGUGCUGCUGUCCGAAUGACGAGUGCCUGCCACGAAUUUUGUUUUGAAUAUGGCAAUAUAAACUACCACAAAAACGUUCACGAAAAGGCAAAAUGAUUUUGAGGACAUGCGGAUAUUCUUCGUCGUACAUUAUUUAUCACCGUUGUAUCAGCCAUGGGCGAUCUUUUGAGGGCCAAAGCGACACAGCUGAGGUAGAAAAUUAUGUACAAAAUAAACUCUUUGUCCUUCACAUUUGAAAUUAAAGCUUUGAAAAGCAAUAAAAAAGGCUUUUUGAAAUAGGCGCUACGGAAAACAGUAAAGGCCCUCUUUUUCCUGAUUUUCGCGAAGCGUGGCGUCUGAUUUUUUUUUUUCAGCCAGACGCUUACAUCUUUGUGCAAUGAAAUCGCAGAUGAAUGAACAUGAUAGCGCUGAUUUUAUACAUCAGUGCAACGUUUUCUGAGACAUAAAAUAAUGGAACGUAUAAGUUCGAGAGCACUUCAAUGUUUCACCAAUUGUCUAACUAACCAUACAAUUGGGUGGGAUAAUUCUAAAAUUAUCACCACUAAUCGGCGUUACCACCAGCGCCUUUGUUUGGAGGCUUGGCAUAUUAACUCCGCCCACGCUCCUUUAAAUCGUGACGAUGGCGGUUUGCCUCCUGACGCCUAUUUACACCUCGUCAGAAAAAAGGCCGCUAAUUAGUGAUCAUAUAAAAGGAUCUCUUGUUGCAGUGUUUAGAUCACCCCUGAUGAAGGCACUAGACAGGAGUGUCGAAACGUUGGGUCUAUGAAUUGUAACUUCUUUGGUUACAUUCAUUAAAUCUGUAAACCAGAGUAGCAUCAAACUAUGUCUGUUUUCCAUUUGCAAGAGAAGGCAUUGCCUUUACGGUUGCCAUAUAAUCGAACAACAAGUUCAGUUAACCUUGUCGCUCCUUUUUUUUUUUUUGCGGGGGCUGAUUUCAUGUACUGUUGGAGAGCAGAGCUACUACGCUGUCGGUCAAUUAUUUGUUUGUGACAGAACAUCAAUAAUAAAUCAGCUUGAUGAUGAUAAAGCAAUUCAAGCUAGAUUAAACUGAAAAUGAUUUUGACACAUGUGGUUUUCGACCUUUUUCAUUUUCAAUCAUUGUUGUAUCAGGCGUGAAUGUUCCUUUGAGAUCCAAAAGCUAGAUAGCCUAGGUAGGAAAUUAUAUUCUGCUAAAAUCUUAUCCUUAAUACUUGUAAUUGUAUUUUGGAAAAGCAAGAAGCAAAAAGGCCUUUUUUUAAGGGGCACAGUUUUUUGAGAACAGGAGGGUUCUCUUCCUUUUAAGCCAAAGACUACACAAGUUUUGUAAUCUGAAAUUAUGGAUGAUUUGAUGAUCAGAAAAGUGCUUUGAAAACAUAAUCCUAUACAUUAGUGCAAAGUUGUCGGGUAGCAAAAUUGGAAAAAAGGUGCAAAUUCAUCUUCAUGUUUGUCAAAAACCGAUAUUUAAGAACUGACAAUAGUUAGGGAUCCUUUCGUGAUAUCUCAACUAAAGGCCAAGAAGAUCGAGAACGCAACUAAUUUGCAACAGCUUGAAAUGAAGUCCUAACAACAAAGUUAUGCUGACCGGUAGAUUUCAUGCGAAAUGCCCUUAAAAUUUGCUAGCAUCAAUUGGAUAUGCUAAGUGCAUGUAUUGUUAAGCAAAAUAAGAACCAGGCAUCCAAUUAAUCUGUGUUAAAGUUAGACUGCACCUUUCAAAAUUCUUGUGUUUCUUCUACCGUUACACCGACCACCAGCCCAAUCUCACUUAAUGGGUUGUAAUUUCACUUCGUUUUGCGUGGGGCGCCAUUUUAAGAGACCAUACUCUAAUAUCACACACCCUGCCCAUCAGGUCUGCAGUUUGUAUACUCCUUUUACUGUUGGUUAUAGGUUAAUUAACUCUCUCAUACCGUGCAUCCUUCGAAAUUUAAAUUACCAUCUUCAUUGUAAUUUUAUCUUUACUGCCAAAGUAAUUUAAAAACAGAUUGUCGAUCAUUCUAAAUCUUGUCACGAUGUACUAUGAUUUAUCUUGGAGCAAACUAGUUAAUGUCCUAAGAAGGAAAAAACCUAGCUAAUGUAACUAUAGAGAGAGUUGAAAUCUCGUAUUUAUUUCAUUCAGUACUCUCCAAUGAAAUCUUUAUAUUCAGCUUACUCCCAUUCUGCUAAUUUCGUGAUAUUGGUCUUGGUCAUUCGUUAAGUGUCUUUUACAUUUUCUUAUGAUAUUUGACUUGCUAAUCUGGUUCUUUUUUCAUACAAAGUAGCUUCAAAGAGUUUACAAACCCAGUUGUUUCAACGUUCAAGCCAAAAAACUGUCUCGUCAUCAAACACUAUAACACCUGUCUCCCUUUUUAAUUUCCAUAACUUUUUUCUGGCUUCUCUCUGUGGAGAGCAUAAGAACAUAAAAGACCUCUUUUAAGCUAUUACUGAAUAAACCUAAGGAUAACCCGACCUUCGCAAGAAAUCGAGGAUCUUCCACUAGAGAAAAAACACUCAUGGCCAAAGAAGACGAAAUGUAUAUUGCAUUCGGUUACAUUAUUUACUCACUGUCGCUGGUGCUAUCAGUGGUGGGAAAUUCCCUCGUUCUUUCUGUUUGCUACCGUUCAAUAAAGAGGCAAGGGUGUUUACUAAAAUGGUUCAUAGCCAAUCUAGCCGUCGCUGAUCUCACGUUUGCGUUGUUGUCUAUACUAGACGCGAUAGCCGAUCAUUGGAGCUGGGUUGGAGGACAGAUCACUUGUAAGCUGCAAAGUUUCUUCAUAGAAGCCUGUUAUACAUUAUCCAUAACAACCCUUUCUCUUAUAAGCUUUGAGCGACUCAAGGCUGUUGUUGAACCAUUUCGACGAAUAGCGAUUACUACGAAGAGUGUAUACAGAAAAUUGAUUAUCUCGUGGAUUGUUAGCUUGCUUGUUGCCUCACCCUUACUUUAUGCCUACCAGACACAAGCUAACGACGAAGGAACAAUUCUCUGCACCAACGACACGCUUGGAGAUUUGGGAAGACAAAUCUACUACAGUAUUCAUGCCAUUGGUUUUUUCCUGGGUCCUCUUAUCUUCAUGAUUUAUGCCCAGGCUAAAAUCUUCUCAACUCUGCGCUCUAGCGCAAAGGUUUCUCCCAGAAAAAAUACUUUUACAGCUAUGCGUUCCAGACAGCAUCUAAAGGUCGCCAAACCUCUAGCAGCUCUUACAUUAGCGUUUGCAGCUUGCUGGUCGCCCUUUUUCUUUGUUCGAGCGUUGAGAUACUUUCACGUAACAAACGACGAGUACAUGUGGAGAGCAACGCAAUUUUUGAUAUUUUUGAACACGUUAUUAGAUCCAAUAAUUUAUGGUAUCUACAGAGAGCGCGAGAAUGUUAAAGCAGUUUUCAAACUCUUAUUCUCCUGUGCAAAUAUUUAG